AUGCAGCGGGGGAGGGCAUGGCGCCACGCUCUGUCACUAUGCCUGGAUGCCCACAGGUGCCGAGUUGCGGAUGCUGCCGCCUUUGGAUCGUUGGCCAUGACUCUGGAACAGAGCAGCCACUGGAGCCACUCAACCCAGCUCUUGGCCACCAUCGCGUCACAGCACUUGGUUCGAGCCACCAAUGCUGCCAUGGCGGCCUGCAUAGGUGGACGCUGGCUGCGAGCGAGGUCCUUGCUCUCUGCCUUGGAGUCGCGGGAAGCUGCGCCGGACAUCGUCACGUACAACACCCUGAUCAGCUGUUGCACUGGCUCCCAGUGGCCAUGGGCCCUUUGGUAUCUCCAUGUGCUGACGAUGCAGAGCAGCUUGCAGCCAACAGAGGUCACUUUUGCUGGUGCAGUCCACGCAAGUGCCACAGGUACUCAAUGGUGCCUGGCACUGUCACUUUUGGGGGGACUUGCGAAACGCUCUUUGCAGCCAACGACCGCGAUCUUCGGCGCGUGCAUCGACGCAUGCGCCAAGGCGCGGCAAUGGCGACGUGGGGCACGACUUCUUCGGACAAUGCCUUUGUACAGCCUGGAACCCAACGCCCUCACCACGAACGCUGUGCUGAUCGCCCUGGCCACGGGUGGCCGCUGGCAGGAAGCCUUGCACCUGUUUGAUGAGAGCAGGGUGGUGCUGGAUGGCGGAGCCGCUCCCUUUGCGGUCGCUGCCUAUGGGGCUGCCUUCGCCGCAUUGGCUGCUGGUGCCCUGUGGAGGCCUGCCUUGAAUCUCCUCGAGUCGAUGCCUCACCGAAGUCUUGCACGCUCGGUGCAGGUUUGGCAUUCAGCGCAGACUGCCUGCUCCUACAGCGGCCACUGGCAGCAGGUGCUUCAGCUCUUGUGUGACGCAUCGCCGGAGGUGCCUCUGGACCUCACGAACUACUUGACAGCUUUGGCUGCAGCGGAGAGAGGUGGCUGUGCCCAUCGCCUUUUGCCGCUGCUGCUGCCGCUGGCACGCCGCGCCUAUGCUCUUCUUCUCGGACGAGCAGGGGAGCAGCCCAGGGAUGAGGAGUUUCUGUUGCCGUCUCUUGGGACCCUGCGAGCUCACUUGCAGCAACCUGACCUCCCCCGGAGGAACUGCUUGGAGCGGCAUCAUCAAUGUCACAUGCGAAGGGUUCAGAAGAGCCUUAGCUUGUUCAAGGAAGGUUCAGGAACAACUGCGGCCACCAACGACCUUGUUGACAAUAUUGGGGAUCUGUGCAC